AUGUCUCAAACCCCACAGUCGGCCAUCUCGGUCUCGGCUCAAAGCUUAAGCUUCGCCCUGAACGGCAAGAGCUCUUCAUAUCGCUUCCAGGUCGACCCAGACACUAGAGACCUCAUUUCGACCCAUUUCGGCGGCCGAAUCGACGAGGAUGUCCCAGCAUGGACUGCGAAGUUUGGCGUCUGGUCUCCAGAGGCAAAGCUUCGUCGCCGUGAGUUCCCGGAGCUCGGCCGCGGGGACUUUCGCACGCCAGCCGUCCACAUUCGCCAUGGGGAAGGACACGCAGCGUCUGACUUCAAGUUCGAGUCUCAUAGGGUCGUCCAGGGAAAACCUAGUCUUCAAGGCCUGCCCAGUACAUUCGGAUCUGAUGAUGAAGCGCAGACUCUAAUUGUGCACAUGCGCGACACGGCUAAUUCAACAUCGGCAUAUCUCUCAUACAGCAUAUUUGCUGCGCAUGAUGCGAUCGUGCGCAGCGUUAGAGUUGUCAAUGAGGGCGAGCACCCAGUCACAAUCGAAAAGCUGGCCAGUUUGAGCUUCGACCUCCCCACCCCAGCUGAUGGCUGCUAUGAUCUGACAGGGCUACAUGGCGAGUGGGCUCGAGAGAGACAACGCACACGCCAUAGAAUCCGAACCGGCGUUCAGAGCUUCGGGAGCACCCAAGGUGCAUCUUCGCACUGGCACAACCCCUUCAUGGCCGUCAGCUCAGGGGAUGCCAAUGAGAAACACGGAGAUGUAUGGGGCCUCGCGCUGGUUUACUCGGGGUCUCACCUGUGCGAGGUUGAGCUUGCCACCAGAGGCAGUCUUCGGGCCAGCAUGGGCAUCCACCCUUCUCAGCUAUCAUGGCGGCUAGGCCCAGGCCAGUCUUUCACCUCGCCGGAAGCAGUCGCUGUUUACUCGGGCUCUGGGUUUGGGGACAUGUCCCGAAAGCUCCACAGACUUGUCCGGCACAAUCUCGUGCGCAGCAAGUUCGCCCUGCUGCCUCGCCCGACGCUGCUUAAUCCAUGGGAGGGCGUUCUAUUCAACUUUGAUGACAAGAUACUGACUGAGAUUGCCAAGCAAUCGGCCGAGAUUGGCGUCAAGCUCUUUGUCAUUGAUGACGGCUGGUUCGGAGGCUCCAAGCAUCCCCGAGUGGACGACCAUGCGGGCCUAGGUGAUUGGGAGGUCAACCCAGCGCGGUUUCCUGAUGGGCUCGAAGGGUUUGCCCGCAAGAUCAAGUCAGAUCAUAACCUCCAGCUCGGCUUAUGGGUCGAGCCAGAGAUGGUCAACAGGAAGUCCGCACUCUUUGAGGCGCAUCCAGAUUGGGUCCUCGAGGUCCCGGGCAUGUCCACCACAGCCAUCCGUCACCAGUUUGCACUCGAUCUGGGACUUUCAGAGGUCCAGGACUACAUCAUCCAAGCGUUGUCCAGUAUCGUCAGGACAGUACCGGUUAGCUACAUCAAGUGGGACUACAACCGCCCCAUCGUUGAGAGCCCAACACCGGCUAGUCACCACAAGUACAUGCUUGGCCUUUACCGAGUGCUCGAGCAGCUUACCCAGCAACAUCCCGACAUAUUGUGGGAGGGCUGUGCCUCGGGUGGCGGCCGCUUCGACCUUGGUAUGCUGCACUACUUCCCGCAGAUCUGGACGUCAGACAACACCGACGCGCUGGACCGUCUUCAUAUCCAGCUCGGCACGUCGUUGGCCUAUCCCGCGUCGACAAUGGGUGCGCACCUCUCCCGAUCGCCCAAUGAGGUCACGCACAGGCCGUCAAACCUGCUAUUCCGUGCACACGUGGCCAUGAUGGGUGGUAGCUUUGGUGUCGAGCUUGACCCACGACGGCUCUCUGACGACGAACGAGCACAGCUGCCGGACCUUAUCAAGUUCGCGGAGAAGAUCAACUCGGUCGUUGUUAAUGGUGACAUGUACAGGCUCAGUCUGCCGAGCGAGUCCAACCACCCUGCCGUGCUGUUCAUGUCCUCGGAAGGCGAUACGGGGGUCUUGUUCAUAUUCCAGCUGCGCGCCGUCGUGAUGCACGACCGCCCUCUCAUCAAACUGCAGGGCUUGGACCCCGACGCUCGCUAUAUUUUGGAUGGAGACAAGCAGUUUUCGGGGGCGACACUCAUGAAUGCUGGAGUCGUGGCCGAUUUGACGGGAGACUUGACCAGCAAAGUCCUACUCAUCAAAAAGGUAUAACGCGGGGACCACACUCUUCUGCGCGGGAGAAUGAAAUCCGGCUGUGGCACUGACAGGCACUGUACUGUCUCUGUGGCAUUGUGAGCAUGGAUAUGAGAAAGUCAU